GCCAGUCCUGCCUACACACCGAGGCUGGAGAGACUGCAACACCCUGGUCCUGUUCCCCUACUGAUAAGAGACUCGAAGAAGACCCUUGGACCGGCUGCUGAGCCGCCAUGAUCCCUAGGCUCCUUCCCCUUCUCUACCUCCGGCUCUGUGUUGGACAAACCCACAUCCCUGACAGUGGGCUCCCUCUCAAGGCCAGCCUCAGCGCCUGGCCCAGCUCGGUGCUUCCCACCAAGAGCAAUGUGACAAUUCGAUGUAAGAGCCCCACCCCAAGCGAAUACUUCAUCCUCAAGAAGGAAGGUCAUGUUUUCGAUAUCAGGAAGCCAUAUGAUUUGACAGAGGAUACGGCCGAGUUUUACAUCACCGAGCUGCAACAGGGUUAUGGAGGGCGCUACACCUGUGAACCCCAAAGCAAAUGGCCCAAUGACACAAGGACACAGCCCAGUGACCCCCUUCUCCUACUGGUCACAGGGUACUUGCCUAGGCCUUCCCUCCAAGCCCACCAGUGGGGCCCAGUGGUUGCAGGAAGCAAGGUGACGUUGCAGUGCCUGAGGACAGACAGUAUGCUCAGACCCAUCAAGUUUGCGUUGCUGAAGGAGGGACACUCAUCCCCUUUGCAGAUGAGCAGCUCGACCGCAACGGUGCUGGACUUCUCUCUCGAGAAAGUGACAGCCAGAGACUCAGGGAAAUACACCUGUGUGUACUUCCAGGCAAGGCCCCCCUUUCGGACCUCAGUCCCCAGCAACCCCCUUGAGGUCUCUGUGACAGAUGCCGUGACAGAAGACUAUGGUCCUCCAGAUAAUGUGACAGGUUACGUCAUGGGUAACCUCAUCAGGAUUGGAGUGGCUGCUGUAAUUGUGCUAAUAUUGGGAGGCUUCCUGGUUGAAGCCUGGCAUAGCCAGAGGCUGUCUCCAAAUAGACCUUGGCUGCACAAUGCCCCAGGGGACCAGUGAAUCCUUGGUGUAAUUGGACCAAAUUAUCCCUGUGAAUUUCUGUGUGACCAUGAUGCCAGCUUUUGGGGAUUAAUCCAGGGACAGGAUGAUGGCUGACUCAUUUCGACUCUGCACAUAGGAUGGAGGCCAAGCCUGGGCACAGAUGUAAUGAGUCUUUCUCUGUCCCACCUGCCAGCUCCCAAAUAACCACAUGGAGACUUCUUAUUAGUUAUGAAAGCUUGACCAUAGCUUAGGCUUGUUCCUAGCUAGUUCUUAGAGCUGAAAUUAACCCAUAUUUUAAAAUCUGUGUUCUUUUACUUGUCUUGGUCACCUUUACUUUGUACUAUCCAUCCUGCUUCCACUACAUCCAGCUGGCCACCUCGCUUUCUUCUUCCCUGAGACUCUUUGUCCCUAGAAGUCCCACCCAACCUCUUCCUGCCUAGUGGUUGGACCUUCAGCUCUUCGUUAAAGCGAUCAUAGUGACACUUCUUCACACAGUGUAAAGAGAUAUUCUGAAACACACAAGUGCUUGUCUUA